GGAUCCAAGUCCCAAAUAAUUAGGGCUUAGAAACCCAACCCCAGACAUGAGUUUCGAAGCCAGAGAGCACGCCUCCAGCUAUCUCUCUUCUUCUUCUCUCUCUCUUCCCCUCUGCUCUUCUCGUCUUCUCUUUCUUCUCUUUCUUCUCUGUUCUCUCCUCUCUCUUCUCUCCUCUCUCUUCUCUCGCUUCUCUGUUCUCUCUUCCCCUCUUCUCUUCUCCACCGUUUCAAAGGAAGCCUUUACCGGCUUGCUCGGUUGAGUACUGAGUGGCCCACCACCGCCUCAUGGUACCCAACAAAGAUUUUAUAAGAAUACACUCUCAGUAGUGAGCUUGGUUCUUUCUUUCAAUUGAUUUUGUAUCUCAAGCUUGGCCUUUGGAGACUCCUUUGAGCCUCUCAGCUCUCUCGCCGUCACCUUUACUAAGACCUCUCUCUCUGUCAAUGGCGGUGGACAAAGACAAGCUUCAGGAAGCCGCUCCCAUUGCUCGUUUCCACAAGAUUGUUCUCGGUUGGGACUAUUACGGCCUCCUCACAGAGUUAACUAAGAAUGAGAAGAAGAAUAAGAAGAAGAAUAAGGGACAGAUAGAUGACGGUUUAGGAAUGGGAAAAGUGAAAGACACCUACAAAGAUGUGGAUGACUAUAUCUCUACUUAUGAACCCCUUCUUUUUGAAGAAGUCAAAGCUCAGAUUAUUCAGAGCAAAGACGAGAAUCAAUUACUAAACCCCAAGAGAAAUUUGGUUGUGGCGUGCACUGAAGUUGUUGGGUUUCACUAA